AUGGCUCUGAAGACGGAUGACACACUAAAUGUUCAACCUAAACAAUACCAACAAGAGAUAUUCGAAAAAAGACAAGAAAAGAAUUUAGAAACAUUUUCUCUUGUUUGGUUAGAUGAAAAUGUCAACUGUUACAUCAAUGUGCAACUGGCUUUCCGACAAGUGAUUAACUUUUUGAAACCAUUUGAUAAUGAAGACGAAUGUGAAAGAUAUAUUAAACAAGUCAAAAAUGAAAAACUUAUACUAAUCGUAUCUAAGCGAUAUGCUGAGAAUAUCACGUCUCGUAUUCAUGAUCAAUCACAAUUAAGUGUCGUUUAUGUUUAUUCUCUGAACGAUACUACUGGCAGUGCUAAUAAUGAUAAUGAGACAUGGGCAAAUAAAUACACGAAAAUUAUAACAACUAUCAAAAACUUUGAUCAACUCGUUUUAACCCUUGCCAAAGAUCAAUGUUUACGGGAGAGAAAUGAAUCAUUAACAGCCAUUUUCGGUAUAUUUAAUCGAGAAGAAAACUCAUGUAAAAAUCUCAAAACAGAAAAUAAUAAUUUUAUGUGGUCACAGUUAUUUAUUGAAGUCCUACUGCGAAUGGAAUAUUCGAACACAUCUAAAAAUGAACUUAUUACGAUAUGUAAACAAAAUUACGCUGGAAAUACUCGUGAAUUGUCUGUUAUUGAUGAAUUUGAACAUACCUAUUCAUCGGAUCGUGCCAUUUGGUGGUAUACGCGUGAAUGUUGUUUAUACCGUCUUUUGAAUAAAGCAUUACCAACAUUAGAAAUGUGUAGUGAAGGUGAUCAAAAUUUAAAAGGAGUCUAUGAACACGAAAAACAACAACUAGGAGAACGAACAAACCUUAUAUCACUUGGAAAUUUAUUAGAUGAUAUGGGAGAAUAUGACAAAGGCCAUAGAUACUUUGAAAAAGUACUACGUGAAUUAGUAGCGGAUAGUCCAGAUAUCUCAAAGUGUUAUGAGGGUUUAGGUUCUAUAGUGGCCCAUCGAGGAGAUUACAACAAUGCAUUAGCUUUAUGUAAUAAAGCACUUGAACAAGCUAGACUAUUCUAA